UACCAUUUUGGGGGCAUUGGUUUAUUUCCUCCUCCCCCAAUCGAGGCCGCGUUUUUGAACACAAAUUGGUGAUAACAAGUCGACUACAAAAAUGUACCCGGUUGGCCAGCCUCCCGGGCCCCCUGGCAGUGGAGGAGGUCCAGCAGGAGGGGGAGCACCGCCCCCACCUGGAGGCAGAGGGGGUGGUGGUGUGGGGCCUCCAGGUGUUGGACCCCCUGGCAUGGGUCCCCCACAGGCUCCAGAAAUGGUAGCUCUCGUACCAACACCUCCGAGGCUCUCCGUCGGAGGCCCUCCGAUGGGCGUGCCGCCCCCAGGUGGCGUCCUCGGAGCGCCUCCUCCUCCAGCGGGUACCCUGGGGGCCGGUGCACUUGCCGGACCAGCCGCGGGACCAUCUGGAGAACUGUUACCCCAGUUUGUGUGCCCUCGAAGACCCAAUGUUGGUACGGAGGGGAGACCCAUCAUGCUGCGAGCCAAUCAUUUCCAAAUAUCGAUGCCACGGGGCUAUCUGCACCACUACGACGUCACCAUCACACCUGACAAGUGCCCACGCAAAGUGAACCGGGAAAUUAUAGAAACAAUGGUGCAAUCUUACUCCAAGAUCUUUGGCAACCAAAAGCCCGUCUUUGACGGACGCAAAAAUAUGUACACUCGAGACGACAUACCAAUAGGUAAAGACAAGGCGGAACUGGAAGUUACGUUGCCGGGAGAAGGCAAAGAUCGCGUAUUCCGAGUGGCCAUCAAGUGGGUGGCCCAAGUGAGCCUGUACGCCCUGGAAGAGGCCCUAGAAGGACGUUCGAGGCACAUCCCUAUGGACGCAAUUCAAGCCCUGGAUGUUGUGAUGCGUCACUUGCCCAGCAUGACCUACACACCUGUUGGGAGGUCCUUCUUUUCUUCCCCAGAUGGCUACUUCCACCCUCUCGGAGGUGGCAGGGAAGUCUGGUUUGGCUUUCACCAGAGCGUCAGGCCCAGCCAAUGGAAAAUGAUGCUCAACAUCGACGUGUCUGCGACGGCAUUCUACAAAGCGCAGCCGGUUAUUGAGUUCAUGUGCGAGGUGCUGGAGCUGAGGGACAUCAAUGAGCAGCGGAAACCCCUGACAGACUCGCAACGCGUCAAGUUCACCAAGGAGAUCAAGGGACUCAAGAUUGAGAUUACCCACUGCGGCACCAUGCGCCGCAAAUACCGCGUCUGCAAUGUCACCCGACGUCCAGCCCAACUUCAAUCAUUUCCAUUGCAGCUGGAGAAUGGGCAGACCGUUGAAUGUACAGUGGCCAAAUACUUCCUCGACAAGUACAAAAUGAAACUAAGGUACCCCCAUCUGCCUUGUCUGCAGGUAGGACAGGAGCACAAGCACACAUACCUGCCUUUAGAAGUGUGUAACAUAGUAGCAGGCCAAAGAUGCAUAAAGAAACUCACAGAUAUGCAGACAUCCACAAUGAUCAAGGCGACUGCCAGAUCUGCACCAGAUCGUGAGCGGGAAAUAAACAACCUUGUGCGGAAGGCAGACUUCAAUACGGACCCGUACGUGCAAGAAUUUGGUCUCUCCAUUAGUAAUACUAUGAUGGAGGUUAGAGGUCGCAUUCUGCCUCCUCCAAAGCUACAGUAUGGAGGAAGGACCAAGCAGCAGGCAAUCCCGAAUCAAGGGGUGUGGGACAUGCGCGGUAAGCAGUUCCACACUGGGGUGGAGAUCCGCAUAUGGUCGAUCGCCUGCUUCGCACCACAGCGCACCUGUAGGGAAGAUGCGCUCAGGAACUUCACGCAGCAGCUGCAGAAAAUCAGUAAUGAUGCGGGGAUGCCCAUCAUUGGACAGCCCUGCUUCUGCAAGUACGCAACGGGGCCUGACCAAGUGGAACCAAUGUUCCGCUACCUCAAGUCCACUUUUCAAGGACUGCAGCUCGUAGUCGUCGUCUUGCCCGGCAAGACCCCCGUCUAUGCGGAAGUAAAACGUGUGGGGGAUACAGUGCUGGGCAUGGCGACGCAGUGCGUGCAGGCGAAGAACGUGAACAAGACCUCGCCCCAAACCCUGUCCAACCUAUGCCUCAAAAUCAACGUCAAGCUAGGAGGCAUCAACAGCAUUCUUGUGCCCAGCAUACGCCCAAAAGUCUUCAAUGAGCCAGUCAUCUUCCUUGGUGCAGACGUCACACACCCUCCUGCUGGGGACAACAAAAAGCCCUCAAUCGCUGCGGUUGUAGGCAGCAUGGAUGCACAUCCGAGCAGGUACGCGGCAACCGUUCGGGUACAGCAACAUCGCCAGGAAAUCAUCCAGGACCUGUCAUCCAUGGUGAAAGAGCUGCUCAUCCAGUUCUACAAGUCGACCCGUUUCAAGCCCAACCGCAUCAUCUUCUACCGGGACGGCGUCUCAGAGGGUCAGUUCCAGCAAGUGCUGCACCACGAGUUGUUGGCUGUGCGCGAGGCAUGUAUGAAGCUUGAGGCCGACUAUAAGCCAGGCAUUACUUUCGUGGUGGUUCAGAAGCGACACCACACCAGGUUGUUCUGCUCCGACAAAAAAGAACAAAUAGGAAAAAGUGGUAACAUCCCUGCGGGUACCACAGUGGAUGUGGGCAUUACGCACCCCACAGAAUUUGACUUCUACCUCUGCUCCCAUGCGGGUAUUCAGGGCACAAGCCGUCCAUCACAUUACCACGUGCUAUGGGACGACAACCAGUUCUCAGCUGACGAGCUGCAGUGUCUUACAUAUCAGUUGUGUCACACCUACGUCCGGUGUACACGCUCAGUCUCCAUACCAGCUCCAGCCUACUAUGCUCACCUGGUGGCCUUCCGGGCUCGCUACCACCUGGUGGAGAAAGAGCACGACAGUGGUGAGGGCAGUCACCAGUCUAGCAAUGGAGACGACCGCACGGUGGUGGCUUUGGCCAGAGCAGUCACCAUCCACCCAGAAACACUCAAGGUCAUGUACUUCGCCUAAGCGGCCACUCGACACUCAAGGCAUCAACGGGAAGAGGACUCGUACAAGAGUUUGGUUGCACCUCACGUUCUACAAUGUCUUUCUUUCUCACAGCUGCUCUUCCACUGCGUGGGCAGCUUCUGUAACCACGGGUAUGAUGUACUAAUCACUUGAUCGUGGUGCAUGUCAGUGACUAUGCGUGCUGCGUUCGCCGUUACUGUCAUCGCCAGGCUGUCAUUCCAACCUCCAAAAUGUUCUUCAGUCAAACCCAGCAUGGAUAGGUGGUGGGCUCUGUCGCAAAAAUCGUUGAUGCAGGAGGCUCGAACAAGUCCGAGAAUGUUGCAAAAAGAAGUCGGAAAGAGUGCAUGUGAGGUGUAACCAGAUUGUGAAGGAACAAAGUGUACAUUAUCGUUGUUUGUCGGCGGACAUCAUUUCACGUUACGUGUUACUGCCCCUGUGAAAUUUGAUUUUUUGGUGGCAUCUCUCGAAGCUGGACGUGAGUCAGGAAGCUUGGAAGACCGAAGUUCAUAUUUUAGGUUCAUCGUAGGAAAGUCUGGUUUUAAGCUUUACCACAAGUUUAUAGCUCUAUUAUAGUUGUUUAUGGUGGUCAGCCAGUGCAUAUUCACAUGUGAUAGGUUGCAACAUGGGAAGAACUGCCAUUACACAUUCCCAUUGCUCUUUUUUUUUUUUUUCAUUCUUUUUGAGGGGCUGCAGUAGAGACAUACCUGAGUGGGUGAGCAGAGUGAGGCUAUAUUUUGUUACGUUUUAAUUCAACGUCUUCCAAACAUCCACCUGACAACCCCUCCAGACCCUCAUUUUCAGCUGUUAGCACUGUGCUGUGGAGAAAACUAUGUUUACACUUCUUUUUAAAAUUAUUUUGCUCGUCAUUACACAUAAUCGUGACCCCCUCCAUCAGCCUAGGUAAAUUAAGUAACCUAGGUGAGACUUAUUUAGUUUUCUAGGUACCAGGCAAUGCGAAUCAUGCUUCUUUUGGAUUGAUUAGAUGAGCGUACGUUGUUGAAGUCACCCUUUUUUUAGACAAGUGCUAAAACUUUGCACAGAGAGAUCAGACGACACACCACCGAGUGUGGUACAGUUUUAACGAAACACAUAUAGUUGGUCAGAGCUUUUGUGUCGGUUAUCGUUUUACUCAAAUUUCAUUUGCAAAUGUUGAAGGUCAUUGUGCCACGUUUGGGUCCUGGGCCUUGAUGGUAAAUACUGAAAGACCACCGGGCGCGGGCCACAAGAGACGCAUCUCAAUCGUGCAAUGAUUGCUUUCAUAACCCUCAUUUGACGAGUGAAGUCACGCGUUGUGGUCACAGAACCAAGGCUACUGUGCCUGUCCUCGAGGAAGAAGGAGGGGAUUAAUUUAUUAGUCAUAGGUAUGAAUGGAGAGAGUGUAAGUUAUGAGGCAUUGGCUCACUGGUGUGGAUCCAACAACUGAGCUUUAGUCUACUUGUGUUUGACCCAGUCCAUGCGUGAGUGAUUGUGUACUAUGACAAAGCCCCCCUAUUUGCCGCAGUACGUUUUUCUGUAAUUUUUUUUCUUUUUUCUGUCUUUCAAGCCAGUGAAUUGUAUUUAUGAAAAUUAUUUAAAGUGUAGCUACUCUGCGUGCAGCCCGAUAGCAUUGAGUAUUCUUUGAAGCAUUUGAGGAUUAAAUGAUGCGCUGCUCAACAGGGUUACCCAGGAAAAAGUAUGAGUAUUGUGAUGAAGAUAAAGUGGACAAAAAGAGUGUUUGGGAGCUAAACAGUAUGUCGGAGGACUAAAUUGCACUGACCUUUUGUAUAAGAAAGCCAGUGAAAACUGGCCCAAGCAGCACAACAUCUUGGCCCAAUAUUGGACCAAUAUUGGCAAUGUCUGCCCAAUAUUGGACCAAGAUUGGCAAUGUCUGCCCAAUAUUGGUAAUGUCUGCCCAAUGUUAGACCAAGAUUGGACCAAUAUUGGCAAUGCCCAAUAUUGGGCCAAGAUGUUGUGGUGCUUGGGCCGGUGGUGACUGGAUAAAUCGUGAAACUUGUUGCCAGUUUUUCAUUUCCAGUGUCCCCUACCGUCUGCGAGACCACAUGUGUAUGUGACCUUGCGUAGUUUUAUAGCAGUAAAAACUUGAUGAUAUUUACUUUGCUUUUACAAUUUAGAGACACAACAUGCACUUCUCGUAAAUAUACUUUCCCAGAAUAAGCGGUAAAUACCUUACAGUGCAGUCCUUAAAAGUGACAAAUAGGUACAAACACGACACACAACACUGAACUUUCAACAACCAACAAGCCCGGAUUCUUACGCUUAUGGGCCAUUCCAUAAAUUAAUUUCAGAGUAUCACCAAUGUGCAGACAAGUCAAGAAAAUGGAGAAAUUGGUUUUGACAACGUUUGAAAAAGCAGUGUUCUUGAUCUUUUUAAAAAUUUACUGAAACCAAGUUGUAAACUGGAAACUUUUGACACGAUUUUUAAGUACCCUAUGCGUCGUUGACGUUUACAUUAUAAUGCUGCAUUUCAUGGAGUGCAAGGGAUACCAUAAAUACUGUAGAUACAGCAAGAGAUACCGUACUUCAUCUUGGCUAACCCUGUGAUGGAAAGCUCAGCAGUCAUUCGCGCAGCCUGAAAUUGAAAUGUGCACGGCAUAAAAAAAAAGCCAUUUAUGACUUGAUUACGAACACAGUGUGAUAUACUUCUACCAAAGUACUUGGGAGGAAGGAGAAGGCAGUCCACUUUCAACUCUUUUCUUUUAGCAACAUGUAUAGUACCGAACCUUUCGCCAAAAAGUAGGUACUGUACCUGCUGCAAUAUAGGCUGACUGCCCUCAUUGGUGUAGUGCCUGCAGGCACAUUGUUGUGGUACUUACAUGCGUUAUCUUCCUGCGUAUAUUCCGCAACUCCCCCCAUCCCAGGUGUACACCACCUUAUGAUUUCAGUACAGUUACCGGUGUGAGUGGGUCACAGCUGAUGUUUAUGGGAACAGUGUUCUGCCGUCGCGUGUGCUAGGCGAGAGCGAAAGCUGCGCAAAACGUUGAGGUUAAUGCUUUGCAUUAUAACUUUUUUCCCCCCCUCUUUCUCAUCGUUUGUCGUGAUAAUUGUAGCGAUUACUUAAGUGUGCUGAGGGACAUACAGGGUUGCCCAACAUGAAGUACAUGGUUUGUGAUAAUGCCAAAAUGAAUAAAAUGAGUGUGUCAGAGCUGAGCUAUACCAGUGGUUUGUCCAGAACCGCAAACAUUGGGGUUACAGUUACAUUAUAACAGCUUUACUGUCAUUGCUCACAUGUAUCUAAAGCUAAAAUAACACUGGCCCCCCUGUGGGGGUGCAUGGGAAGAAAAGUGUUGCGGGGAGGGGGGGAGAGUUGCAAAAACUGUUUCCUUUUUUUGUCUGUGGAGGUGUGGAUAAAUCACUGAUACGAUGAAGGAUGUAUGAUGUGCUAAAAUUUUAUACAAAAGUUGUGCUGUUGUUCAGCUCUUUGUGGAAAAAGAAUGACAAUUAAAAAAGAAAAAGAAAAAAAAAACCUAGCCUUCUUAACAUUUCCAAUGGCCUAUACUGCCAACUAAGCCUCAUGUGCAUGUGAGCUAUAUUGACAAUUUGGAGCAUAACAUGUGCUUUUUUGGCUCCACUUAUAGUAAAUAUGCCUUAGUAUUGCAGGCACAUAGUAAAUACGCCAGAGUUAAUUGCAAAGCCCCAAGGAUUCCUCCCCCCCCAUACCUCAGGAAGAUCGUGGAAUAUGGUAUUAGCAAUGUGUAGAAACGAGUUUUUUAAAUUUUUCAUAAUUUACUUCAACAAAAAUCCGGAAGCUGAAAAUUUCUUACAAUUAUUUAGGACUCCAUACAUCCUCGACAAAAGUUUCGGUGUCUGUCGAGCAAGCAGUAUUUUUUACAGAUCCAAAGACAUACCGUACUUUAUCUUGUGUAACCCUGUUCUUUGAUUUCUGAGAUGGAGGCUUUGAAGUAGGAAAGUGCUAUGACCACCACAAUGCGAAAACACGAGGCUGCAAGCAAUUUUCUAGUACAUGCGCCAUACAUCACUGUUUGAGUCACAUCUUCAUGGCUAUUGAUCACGCUAGCCUACGGGAUGCCGGCACGAUAUGCAUGAUGUGCACAAGUGUUGAUACUUUAACACACACGAGCUUCUCACCCUGGUUGGCACGCGCCAACGAAUAGGGAGGUGAAGGUUGCGGCUAAACGAAGUGUGAAUGAAACGUCGAAGAGAAAAACAUUCUGCUGCAUGCCUCACAAAUGUGUAGCAGUUACUGCCAGAAAACCAUUCAGGCAGCUUAAUUUCGUUUGUCACGUCCAUCUGUGUCCCCCCUUGCUUCUUUCAAUGCAUGCCCUGUUAAAAGGUGGUGAAACAUGACUGUCAUAAUACACAUCUAGGUUUCUAUCUGGUGUUGUUACUAGUCACUUGCUCAUAUUUUGCAUUUUCUCCCAAUUAGCAUCGUUUGCAUGGUCAGAUGAAUUUCUGUGUGUCUUUCUUUUUUCUUCAAACGUGUUACCUUGGGCUCUUUUUUUUUCUUUCUUGUGAAACUCGUGGCUUACAGGAUCAAGUUCACCAUCAUUCUGCAUCAGUGUACAGUGCUGCAUAUCAUGUCACAAGCAGUCUGAGUUUCCUUUGUCCAUAACAUAUGACUUAGAGAUGCCCCCGUAGCGUGGGUGCUUUGUUGGCUGUAGAAGCGUAUGCACACUUCUUUGCGGUAUAUGAUUCUUCUCCCUUGCUUGUUCUAACAAUGCUCGUAGUAGAAACUUGGGAGUUCAGCUUGCUGUACGCUGUUGUCUCGAUGAUCAAUGACCACCACACCCUCAUUCUUUGUGUUAGCUGCUGGUCUUUGACCCCUCGACAUCCAACACACUUGCGAACAUUCUCGUGAAUUUUUUUUCUCUCGUCCUGUCCCCGAACGUACCAUGUUUGCAUGCAUCUCUGCAUUUCCUUAUUUAAAUUGUGGUUGAAAUGUACUGUGUUCCUUUUUGCAUUUUAUUGUACCCGUGUCCUUUAUAAAUGAAAUGCGUUGAUUUCUGCGAAAGUUAUUCAUGAAUGAUCAUGUAUACGAGGCAAAUCACUUGCCUCUGUCCAAACAAUUUUUUUUUCUUGUAGAGUUUAUAUGGCAUGGAAUCUACUGUCAAUUAAGUUUAAAGGCAAACAAAGCAUAUAAAUUUUGUCGUACUGCAUGGAGAAUGGUUUUGUAAAUAAGACUCGCUACAUAGAUGAGACGCUGGAGGUACCAAACAGUGAUUGUCAGUCACCUUUCUCUAUGUUGUACUGUAUCACCCAUGCACAAGUCGCAGUCCUUCAUAUCAUUUUAUGGUUACCCAUUGCACCCUCCUAAAUAUUCCAGUGAAUAACCCUCAUAUUGUGCACCAUUUUGCAUGUUUCAUGUCACACAAAGCAAAGCAAAAAAAAAAAAAAAAAAAAAACGAAGGCAUGUAUAAUGCUUGCAAAGUGGAAGCGUUACGAGUACACCAACAGUUGUUAUUGUAUAUGUGCACAAGUACACGUGCAACAGUGUAACGGUUGUACAAACCCCAGAGAUAGUUCCACUGACAACUCUGAUAUGAAAACUCCACUUAGAAAGUGUAAAGCUGUUGCUUUCCUGUUGUAUCUGACUAAUUGUUGCAUGUUUGUUGAACAUUGACCCAAUACCUUUAAUUUCCUGAUUGAGCUUUAAAAAAAAAUCUUUUAACAAGGUUACAUGGCCUUUUAUGGAACCGUACACACUUGUGGUACACUGCAGUCUCUUGCUGUGUAUUUGUAAUGGUUUUUACUGCUAUUUUUAGUAUGUAAUUAGGUUUGACAGGUGAUUGUGGUGGGAAUCAAGGUGGUACUCCCUUAGCAGGUAUUCAGUCUCUAUAAGUCAUCCAGGCGUGUGAUACGCGUCUGUUAAUGAGUGAAAUGGAACUGUACUUACCAUGUGCGCAAUGAUAUACGAAAUGAAGCCUCCAGCCAGGAUAAGUUAAAGUGUACAAGUGUGAUACGACAGCGCUGUUCUUUACGCCUGUGUAGAGUAGCAGCAGGAGGCUAGUCCCUUUGUUACUCUGUUGUAAUCCUGACCGUAGUAUACCAUUAAAUGCAACCAGAAUGCUUGAACAGUCAUCCCUCAUGUGUAGUGAUGCCCAUAACAAAAAAAAAAAAGGGAAAAGCAAAAAAGUUCAACACUCCCACAUGGUGUGAACAACUUCCAUUUCAUGCCCUCCAGCAACAAGCACAAAAAAUGCAGGAUUUUUUUUUUUACUAAAUAUAUUUUGGAACUCCCUGUAGCAAAUGACAAUAUUGAUGUCGGUCGUGCUUUAUCAAUGUCAGCAAUUUGCCAUAGAUUUCCUGCCAUCAUAAAUGAAAUCUGUGUGCAUCUUUACAUUGUACGGUACCCGCUCUGCCUUACGAGCAGUUGGGGGUAAAACAAAACAUCCAGUCUCGCACAUGAUUUUCAUUAUUUAUUAAGUAAAGAAUGUGAAUAUUGA